UCGGCCUGCAGACGCAGUCCCAGUGCUGUCCAGCUGCUGUCCCGCUCCUGAGCAGGGGUGGGCACAGGCUGCUGCCCACGGGGGUCGGCAGGGCGCAGGCGCCAGGAUGGCAGAACGUACGGGCAGGAUGGAGCGGCUGGUUUUGCUCAAGGCCCUGGUCACCAGGCUGCUGUUUGUGCUGCACUCCCUGGUCGCGGUCUGGCGAGUGACCUGGGUGAAGAAAGAGCACCGUUACUGGCUGCUGGCCCUGCUUAACCUCUUGCUGGUCCUGGAGACCGUGCUCACCCUCAAGUUCAAGCGCGGCAGAGGCUACAAAUGGCUUUCUCCAGCCAUCUUUUUAUACCUGAUCAACAUCAUGCCGUCCUUGUGGCUUCUUGAAAUGCACCACGGAAACCAGUAUUGCAGUGCCCAGACUGAGAAGCUGGCACAGAACUUCAGCAGAAGAGGAGAUGUCAAUCAAACCCUGGUGUCCCACAAAUACACCAAUGAAAUGGAAAAGAUCUUGGAGACGGCCUUGGUGCUUGUAAAAAACUUAUCCAUGGUCUGCGAAUCAGUCUGGACCCUAGGACUCCAUCAAACGCUGCUGUUAAUAUUGAUCAUUGGACGGUGGCUUCUGCCCAUUGGAGGCACCAUUACUCGAGACCAACUCUCAGAACUUCUUCUGAUGUUUGUGGGGACAGCGGCAGACAUACUGGAAUUCACCACUGAGACUCUGAAGGAAAAUAACGUCAGGAAUAACACUAUACUGGUCUCUGGCAUCCUUGUGGUAUGGACCUGGAGUAUGCUGCAGUUUCCCCUGGACCUGGCAGUCCAGUUGAAACUGGUCUGCCCCUCGUCUGUGAAAGCCAGGGGCUUCCUCAGGCUGUUCCUGUGCCAGUACAGUGCGGAUCUAUGGGCCAUUGGCCUCAGCUUCUUCAUCCAAGAUGGCCCCUUCCUCAUCGUGCGCCUUGUCCUGAUGAUCUAUUUCAAAGUGAUCAACCACAUGCUGGUGUUCUUUGCUGUGAAGAAUUCCCUGGUGAUGGCACUGCACUUCUACCGGCUGGUGGCAUUGAUCAUGGCCACCCGUGCUUCCAUGCAAGGUCAUCAAGAAAGCCUCCAGACAGGGCACAGUGGCCCAGACCAACCCUCUGAAAGUGGGCCCAGUGGUUGGAAGGACACCUCCAGGGAGGCCCUGCCUCUGCAAGCCUCACCUGUUACCUCUGAGGAGUCCUACUCCAUACCUUAGUUAUUUGUUCCCAGCAUGCAACGCAGCCGGGAGGCUUAAAUCCUCUUCUUCUUAUAGACUAAUUCUUUUUACCCCCAUGCCCCUGCCCUCACCCAAUUUUUUUGUGUGCAUACAACAGUUUUUAAGGAAACAACAUAAAAAAAUGAUCCUGUAUCAAAGCCGACAUACUCUUUAUUUUUUCAUCUGAAUGGAAGAAACUUGGACGGGUGGCUGUCGUUACAAUCUCCUGUGAUGAUAGCGGACAUUACCCCCACGCUAAGAACCACCGUAAGUGAUUGGUUCUGCGGGACUGUUUGGAAAGUUGUAGAAAGGGGUGUCAUAGCACACCCUCUAAAGAUUUAGGGCUGACAAUUACCAUCCCCACCACCAACCCUCUAGGGUGACCUGGUUAUACAGAAGCCUUUAACUGUGGCUGGACUGUCAGACUCUCUCAUCUGAUCUUCUCUACGUUGAAAAAAAAUCUAUUUUCAAUGAACACAGAACAAAUGAGGGGGAAACGCAUUUAAAAUCAUCUUGCCAUGGGAUGGAAGCUGUCUAGCUUCUUCAGUGCAGAAAAUAGCCGUGGUCGCUGCACAGGUCCUCCCAGGAAUCUCCUUCUUUUGGACCAAGGUGGUAUUCAGCCAUGGUACCUUUGUUCUUAGAGAAGAGUGACAGCUUUGGGCUUGGGUAGCACAAGGUUGACAGCAGGCCAUUUUGGUUUGAAUACCAAGUGAGUUAACUUUUUCUGCAUUGUCAAGGUGCUCCACAUGAUCAGGUUCCAGGGAGCCCUGGCAUGCAGUGAUGAAGGCAUCUGAGGCCCUUAGUGUUGCCAUGGUCUCUGGUAGCUGCCAGUAACCAUUUCAGGAGUAGCAACAGUAGCAGCAUAAGUCACAGCUCCUGGGAAAUGCCAUCCCUGGCUCCAGUGUGGUUUCAGGAACAAGGUGAUGGGAGGUGGGGCCAGCCUCAUGCCCAGGGCCUCCAUCAGUGUUGAGAGUCACCACAGUCCAUCCUAUCACCUCCCGGGAAUUGUGGUGGCUUUGCUUCCCAUGACUGAAAUAGUCUUCCCCUUCCUUUACACAUCUCUGUGCAUUCUGGGUGGAAAUGAUUCCAAACCUUUGGAAGCAGCUCUUGCUUUUAAAUACGUGGUGAAAACCGGACAUGGCGAUCUAGUAAACAACUCUAAAACUGUACUGUUAGAGUUCAAGGCAUCAAUCAGCCCACACUAGCAUUCCCAGGAACUCAGAGACAUUUAUUCAGGGAACUUCCUAAAUUAGAUGUGACUGUUAGAUGAUCAGUUGGGACAUUUUUUUAAUCUAUGAAUUUCUAAUAUAGCAUGGUAUUUAUCCAUCACGUUUGAUAACAUGUUUUAUAAGCAAAUUCUAUUUUACACAAAACCGCAAUUGUUUUCUAAUAAUUUCUACUUCUUUUUAUUCCUUGUGCUCUCCAUUUUAACAAUGUCACGGUUGUAAAAUGUGUAGGAAACAAAUGGAAUGCAUUUAUAUUUUUUUCAUAAUAAUUGUAUGCAAGCUAAGGUCAAGAUUGUAUUUAUAUAAAGUAAAGAAUGUGACAAUUUUGAAGGGGUGUUAUUUAAAAUGCUUAGCAAUGGGACUUGGGGAGAAGUCUCAUGGUUAAGAGCAUGCACUGCUCUUGCAGAGGAUUGGAGUUCAUCCUAAUGCUCACGGCCCAGGGCUUGCAAUGCCCUCUUCCGGUCUUUGUGGCCACUGAUUGUAGUCAUGCACAAGGACACACACAUACUUACACACAGAGAGAGAGAGAGAGAGAGAGAGAGAGAGAGAGAGAGAGAGAGAGAGAGAGAGAGAGAAAUAAUAAAAAUAUUUUUAAAUAAAAUACUCAGCAAUGGGAAGCAAAAGGGAAAAAGUAAUAAUACCUGUUAUUUGUCAAACCGCCUCAGCCUUCUCCUGCACUGCUGGCUGCUUUGGGCUGGAUACCUUCUCCCAUGACAUGUAUGUGCCACUCCACUCCUUUCUGCCUGUCUGUUUACUCAUAGCAUAUUUUUUUUUGUGAUUUGUCUUUUUCCCAGAAAAACAAACACUGAGCCCCUAAAAAUAGAACAUAAAGUAGUAUGACUAUUGCAAGGAUAUUUUUAAGUGCUUUCAAAUCUGAGGCUUGGCUUGGUUUCAUGACUUUCUAGUGUUUAAAUGAAGUAUUUUGUAAUUAGCCCUCCUCCUCGGGCCUGUCCAAAAUCUGGCUUAACUUAGAAUGCCAGGAAGUCAGAGAGCACCGAGGACCAGCUUGGUAAUUAAUGGAUGGUCAAAAAUAGAUACACAGUCUUCAAGGCUUUUCCAGGAAAAUCUGCUAAAGGCAGCAUUUAGCCUAACUGCCAGUGUUUCCAUUUCCUUAUGCUGGCUGCUUUGAUCAUAGAAAAAAUGUCUGUUGCUUAGUCUAGUUUUUAUCUCCGAUGAAAAGUUAAAAAUGUAUUCAGUUAGUUGUAUGUUUGUAAUCAUUACUAUUAUUUUACCCUUUAAAAUUGUAUGUUUUUAUUGCAGACUGCUGCACACUGUAAAUGUUUUAGAUCUCCAAGCGCUUGUCAUAAGCUGAUCAGAGCAUCAGUCAUCUCCCAUAUGUCGGCAUCUUGGGACAUGUUUACAUUUUAUUUGUAGUGAGAGAGCUUACAUUAAGUAGGAUGCAGACUCCAUCCUCUGUUCCCAGCCACAGUGCAUGCCAAGUCCCAACCCCCGAGGGGGGGGGCUCACUUGCAGUUGCUGGAGUCAUUACUGGUUGAUUAAAGUCCAAUCAAAUGUCCUUCCUAUAAACAUGUUCUUCGACUUGUGAGAAAGCCCGGCAUCUAUAUUUACAUGAUGCUGUGUGUGGACACACCUCAGAGUCCUCUCAGGCCUCAUACAUAUUGACUGAGUCUUAAAUGCCACAAUACCAUGCUUAGGAUGAGCAUACUGCUCUGUCUUUGAUUAUCCUGCCACGUUCUGUUGCAGUUGUAAACGACAGUGUUGGAAUGUGGAGGCUUGAACUGGUCUAUAACAUUGGAAGCUUCCAGGGAGAAGUUCCAGAGAAUUCUGCCACUGGCUCUGUUGUCCCACCCCAAGCCCUUCAGCAGCCAUGAUGACAUGUCCAGAUGAUGAUGGGAUUCACCACUAUCAACACACCUCUUCAUUCAAUAGGAGCCUUUCAGAGCUCUGGAAAGGCACACCUCACAGGCGUGAACCUGUCAGGAUCGUCACGGGCCAGAGUUCAGUGUGGACUCUAAUCAUGUUGGGCAUUUAGUACCAAGAACUGUUAGCCGGAUUCUCCAAUGAAAAGAGAACUGUUGAGAUGAGUCCUGUCAACCUCCACUCCACUCCAAGACUCCUUAAAGUUAGACGACACAGCCUUACAGAUCAAACAGCCUUGAAUUAUGAGAUAAAAAGACACUGUUAGUUCUUCUGCUGUUUUCUAAUUCUAGGCUUUGCUUUUCACUUAGCGGAACUUUUGAUCUGUCCUCAGACAUGUCUGAUUAGGGCUAGACCAGGCAGCUGGAGGCUCCAUUUAACUUUCAGAAUGGCAACAGCAGCUUCACAAUGAUCGAGGAAUGAGCCACCAUGGCCUUCUACUUUAUCAGUCUUUAACUUUGAGAUCAUUUUUACUGAAACAAUAUGUGAGUGUAUUUUCUGUGAGUAUUUCUAUAUUUUGCUGUG